AUGGUUAAAUCAGGUGCGUGGAUCCCAGACUUGAUGAUAGGCUAUCUGACAGGGAACCUGCUGACCGCCAUCACGGAGAGCAACUUGGCCCACCUGACCUCGCUCAGCGUGCUGGUGCUGGACCACAACCUGAUCGCCCGCAUUGAUGAUGGGGCUUUUGGACAGCUGGCCGACCUGACCACGCUAGAGAUCAACUCCAACCAGCUGGGCUGGACCAUGGUGGAUGCCAAGAUCUUCCGUGGGCUGACCAGCUUGACCAGACUGUCCCUCAAGUCCAACUCCAUCCGUUCCAUCGCCAUGCAGGCCUUCUAUGGGCUGACCAAGCUGCGCCAGCUGUACCUGGAGGACAACGACAUCACCGCCAUACAGGAGAACGCGUUUGAGCAUCUGCGUGACCUCAGAGAUUUGCGUUUCAACUCUUCCAAGUUCUACUGUGACUGUGACCUCAAGUGGUUGAACCCGUGGCUCAAAAUGACAGGUUUCCAGAACUCUGCUAUAGGGACAUGCCACCACCCCUCCACACUGAGGGAUAGGCCUCUGGUCCUGGUUGAUGCUGUAGACUUCAAGUGCAACAACACAGAGUUUCCCAAGCCUUACAUCAUAGAGAGUCCCCAGACAACCAAUGCCUUUAAAGAUGGUAACCUUACAUUGACAUGUCAGGCUGCAGUCACAGGGAACACACAGCCUAACAUACAGUGGAAGAAAGACAACGUGCUUCUAGACGAGACCUACUCCUUCAUCACUGCCAGCAGUGACGGUGACACCAAGCGUUACACGUCGCACCUGGUCCUGCUGGACGUACAAGACAGCAUGGCUGGACGCUAUCACUGUGUUGUGUCUAAUGAGUUUGGCAUUGCCUCGUCCCAAUGGGCCCAGAUACAGGUGUAUGUCUACCCUGUGUUUACCCUCAAGCCUGAGGACGUGACGGUCAAGGCAGGGAAACCAGCUGAGCUCAAGUGUGCGGCCGCUGGUCAACCCACGCCAGAGAUCUCCUGGCAGAAGGACGGUGGUGACAGCUUCCCUGCUGCCCGUGAGCGACGCAUGCACGUUUACCCUAGUGACGACAGGUUCUACAUCAUGGCCACCAGUAUAGCGGACGAGGGGGUCUACAGCUGUAUGGCCAGAAAUGAAGCAGGGGUCAUCAUCUCUAAUGCCACUGUUACUGUUUUGGAAACACCAGACUUUGUCCAGCCCAUGUUGAGUAAAAAGGCCACCAAGAAAGGGGAAACCACAGUGCUGCAGUGUAUGGCCUCAGGGAACCCUCCCCCUAAGCUCACCUGGUUGAAGGAUGAUAAGGAACUUGUGAGAACACCUCGCCAUUUUGUGACAGUGGACAGUCAACUUUUGGUCAUUGUUGAUACCCAGUGGUCAGAUGCAGGGAUCUAUGCAUGCCGAAUGUCCAACAGCUUAGGCACUGCUAAAGGAACAACUGAACUACAGGUUUUGAGCCCAUCUGGUGACGUCAGUGGCCCUGGUGGAAACACCUUUGGCCUGGAUGACGAGUCAACCACCACGGGGAUCAUCAUCAUUGCCGUGGUGUGUUGUGUGGUGGGGACCUCACUCGUCUGGGUCAUCAUCAUCUACCAGACCAGGAAACGACAUGAGGGGUACAGCGCCACGCCCACAGAAGAGACCACCCUGCCUGGUGAGGUGCCCAGCUCUGGCUACAUGUCCUCAGAUAAAGAAGGCAGUUAUUCACAAGGUCCUCUAACCAUUGCUGGCUUCCAUUAUCAGACAGGGGAUUAUCAAAUGAAAGAGUCGGGCUAUGAGUCAUCAUCUGGUCAAUUCCGAGCCAACGGGUACAACCGUCCAGCUAUUGUGCCCAGCGGUGUUGAUGAAGAUGACCACCAUCCCCCUACAAUGACAGCUGGUGACCGGCUGUUGUGUCAGUUAAAGCGAGCCAAUUCAGUGUCCAGUCUCCAGUACGCUGCCAGUGAUGGGGACACAAUUGAAAGCAGACACAGCACCAGCAGUGGUCAGCACAGUGGAAGCAGUGACCCCCCCUCCAGCCAUUCAGGCCACCAGAAGGUCCCAGCUAGCUACCACCAGCUGCAUGUGGUCACUGACGAGUUCAAGAGAAAUCCACCAUCCCCGCCCCACUCCCCCGCCUCGGAUGACCAGAGUGACCAGCAUCACACGGGCUCCCCCGAUGUGAGGUCCUUGUUUCAAACUUUUCACCCCACAAAGCCUACCAAUCACAACAGGCUGUGUGGGUCCACCAGUGCGGUGCCGCAGCGCGAGGAGGGCGGAGACAGACAUAGACUGUGUUGUGAUUCUUGUGAUAGUCGGGAGGUGGAGUCCUCGUCUUCUUUACUACGUCAUCCCCACGUCGACGACUGCGCGGCUGUGGAUAACAGCUCCGCAUGUGGCCGUGCAGCCACGCAGCCUGAACCCCAGCAUGUCUCGUCGUGCUGCCUGCGUGGUAAAGACAGUGAGGGCAGCAAGCGGAGACCAAACUGCUGUGGGGACCAAACAGGGAACAACUGCAGACACUGUGACAGCAAACACAUGCCUUCUCACCCCUCAUCUCAUUCAUCACUCACUCACCUCCCAGCAGAGAUCCCUUGUAAAUUGCAUUGUAAAUCUUGUGUAAAUAGCAGCCAACAUGCGCGCACCCUGUCAGACAGUCCUAGCUGCAGCCAGCACUUGGCUGUUUCUUCCUGUGAUUGCUGCGACCCAGGGUCUUCUGUGCGAAGGACCAACACACCCCCCUACCCCUGCUGUUGCGAGGUGGUCAGGGACCCUUGUUACUGCCCCCACCAGCAGUGUGAUAAAGAGGACAGUGCGUCUGUGUUUUGUUCAAAUUGUGAUAGCCACGCCCAUUCUAACCACCAUGUGUUACAUCACAAGCCUCCGCAGCACCAGGGAGGACAUGGGGGGCAGGCGGUGGGGGUCAACAGGCCACCGUGUGACCCUCGUCUUUGUUGUGGACCUACAUUAUCACCUGCACAUUCUGAGAGUAAUAAUUGUGGUUGUGAAAGUAAAGAUGUAGCUGUACAGAGUUGUUCCUUUUCAUGUAGCCAUGUGUCCCAUUCAAAAGAGAAGAGAAAUAAUCCACAUUCUGGAGAUAAAGCUCACCAAUCAAACAAAGGGAGAGCAGGCCAAAAUCAUAGUAGAGUAUCCUCCCCUGUAAAAUCAUCCAAUCAUGUCCCUGCCAGCACCAUUCCAGUCACAAGUUCUUCUUCCCACCCGCACCAUCAAGGCAAAACCCCCAAUGGGGAAACAGCUUAGACAAUCAAGCCUCUUAAUGAAAUCAUUUCUCUACAAAUUUAUUUGCAUUAUAGUUUAUGUAUACUUUAUAUUUGAGUCAUUAGUCAUGUUAUACUUUUGUUAUUCAGGAAACAAUUUUAAAUGAUUAAUUAGAAAUAUAAUUUUUAGUGUGAUUACAAAUUCCCCUGAUCAAAUAUUUUCUAUAUUUUGGCACAGAACUAUUUUUCUUGAAAAAAAAUGCUACAAUUAGAUUGUUCUAUGUGUUUAUUUACUAAGCCAUUGUUACUAUACUAGAUUGUUCUAUGUGUUUAUUUACUGUUGUUUCAUGCAAAGUUGACAUACCAUGUUAAUGAAAAAAUCUGUUGAGCACAUUUAAAAAAAACAACUGAUCUUGCUUUGUUUACAACCAAUUGUGACCUUAUUUUAUAUUGCCUUCUUUCUGUGGUCUUUCAUUUGGGAGAAUUAUGAUCAAAUCAGCAUGUUUAUUCAUUAUGAUGAAUUUUGGGAGAAUUAAGAUCAAAUCAGCAUGUUGAUUCAUUAUGAUGAAUUUUGGGAGAAUUAAGAUCAAGUCAGCAUGUUGAUUCAUUAUGAUGAAUUUUGGGAGAAUUAUGAUCAAAUCAGCAUGUUCAUUCAUUAUGAUGAAUUUGGGAAGAAUUAAGAUCAAAUCAUCCUGUUCAUUCAUUAUGGCAAAUUUAAGCUUUUUUUUUUUAAAUUCUUUUAAACAUAAAUUUUUUGGGUUCAACUUUUCUUUGUUUCAAAGCAACUAAUCAUAUCCAAGAGAUGCUAGGUUGUGGACGUGCUUUAGGAAGUCCAUUCUACUUAAUCAGUUGUAUCAAAUGAGUUGUUUUGUAUCUGUCUUCCAUAUUUUAAGUACUUACAUUUACAUUUUUUUUUUAAAUCUAAAAAAAUGGCAACAUUUUGGUUGUAACUUUUUAUACUGUUUAACUUAUUUUUACUUGUUGUUUAUUUGUAGAAACUUUUGUUUGUUUUUAAAUUUACAUAUAUUUAUAUUUCACCACAAUUUACUAAGUUGUAAUGAAUUUUUACAUUUCAAUACAGUUCAGUGGGUUGUAAUUGAUAUUUGUUUCAAUACACUUAACUGGUUUGAAAUAAAUAUUUAUAUUUCAAUACAGUUAACUGGUUUGAAAUAAAUAUUUAUAUUUCAAUACAGUUAACUGGCUUGCAAUAAAUAGAGAUCUGUUGGUAACUUGGAACAGUUAACAAUAUGUUGACCAAGUAAGGAUUGCAAAGUUGUGACUACAAUAAAUUGAUCUAUUUGUUUAGAUAAGUAUCUUGCAAUGACAGGAGUUGUAAGCUACUUCAGCUCAUUGAGCGUGUUGCACUGAACUGAUCUAAUGGUCUUGGGCAUCCAUUGAUUAAAUACCUCAGUACCCUCUUUAUAUCACGUGUCACUUCACGGCUGUCAUCAAAAUAUUUUGUUUCAGCAUAUCUUUACAUCCAAUUUUUUUUAUCCACCAGUGUUUUGGUUCAUUGCUAGGCAUAAUAGGUUUGGUUGGAUAAUAAUGAUUGGUCAUUUUGGUGAUUGAUUGUUAGAAUAAAAGUGAUGGAUCGGUUGAUUGAAUAAAAAGUGGUUGGUUGUUUGAUUGUUUGAAUAAAAUGUGGUUGGUUGCUUGAAGGAUUGAAUAAAACAUGAUUGGUUGUUUGAAUAAAAAGUGAUUGGUUGUUUAUUUUGUUAUCCAUUGCUGGAUGACUUUGGUGUGCUAACACUACUCAUUGUUUACGGGUUUCCACGGAUGUUUGUAUAAACUGCUGUAAGAAUGUAAAUAUAUGUCAUCUGUAUAUGUAGGAAGAGAACAAAUAUUAUUUUUUUCAUGCCAUAAGAUUUUCAUUUGUAAGAUUUGAAUCAAUGCAACAUUGAAGGAUCAACUGUUUAUACACAUCACAAGUUGAGUCAUGCAGCAAAAUAAUUAAGCAUAAAUUAUUUCAAUUUUUUUUUUAAAUCUUUUUUUUUUUUUUUUUUUUUUGCUUUACCAUCUGUUUUUCUAUUUGUUGAUCAUAGAAAUCCUAUCCACUUUAUCAUGUUUUAUUUUCAAGACAUUUCUGUGUCUGUUUCUCUCUAAGAAAUCCCUUUGUUAUAAUGAGCACUUACCUCACAAUAAUGUUAGACUUCAAUUGUGCUGGGUGUUCCAUAAUUGAUAAGAAUAAUAUGUACUCUAUUCAUUAGAAAUACUUUAGAAUUAUGUAAGUUAUUUUAAAAUUAUUAACAUGAAAAGUAUGUACUGAAAUCUAAAACAGUGCAUUCAAGGAAAAAUUAUCAGGCAUUAUCACAUUAUUUACAUAAUUAUAUAGCCACGUUUUUUGUGAUCUUAGUGAACAUAAUUUUCAAAAUGAAAUUUAUCUUCAGUUUACGUGGAAAACUUUUCCUUGAAAUGUGAACUUCGAUAUACCUGGUUGUGAUGAAUUAGUUAUAUGAAUUGUCAAGAGAAAAGUAAUGUAUAUAUAUAACAUUAGGCUUGAAGAGUGUCAUGCUGACAUAGAUCUACACCAGGUGUUCUGGUGCAGAGGUUUUCUAUGGUUAUUUAUUUUUCCUUUUGUUAUUCCCUUUUGUACAUUUCUCAGUUGAUUAAAUAUGUGAAUAAUGUUUGAUGAUAAAAGAAAUAAUUUAUAUUGAACUUUUUUUCGUAUUGCUGAUGUCAAUAUGUUCAAUUUUUUUUUCUUACUGUAGUCGAUCUACCCAUUUUUAAAAAAAAAGAAAAAUAAUAAAAUCUAAAAAUUGAACAAUUUGUUUAUCCA